GCACGCACGCACGCACACACACAUGUCGCCCACUCCCCUGCUGCCCGCCGGCCUGGACGAGGUCACUACUUUCCGCCAGCUGGAGGCUCUUCUGGACGAGGAGGCCCUGAUGGCGGCCUGCCUGGAGUCCGGGGUCGGGCUCGGGCCUGAGCGCAUGCGCCUCUGCUGCCCCGCCACCGGUCGGCCGCUCUCGCAUCUGCUUCGGGCAUCGGCCGCCGGUCAGCAGGCCAUGAGCCUGGAUCUGGCGGCCGGUCCGGCGUCUCGCCGGCAAGCCUAUCUGGCCCUGCGUGGCGCAGCAUCCGCCCUCCCUGCCGGGACCGUCUCCCUGGUCCCCUGUGCCAUCGGUGGCAAGGGUGGCUUCGGUAGCAUGCUCCGCAGCCAGGGUGGCAAGAUGGCCUCCAAGGCCACCACCAACUUCGAUGCCUGCCGCGACCUGUCAGGCCGGCGUCUCGGCGACAUUCGCAAUGAGCAGGCCCGGCGCGAGCGUGCCGAAAUCCUGGCCGCACUGGAGCGUGAGCGCCAGCAACGCGAGGCAGCGCAGGUUGCGCGCGCGCUAGAGAUCGCCCGCAACAGUGCCCCCACCGGGGCCGGAGCCGACGUUCUGUCGGUCGAUGUGGAGCAUCUGGCGCGUGAGGCCGCCCGGCAGGAGGCCAUGAAGAAGACCUUCCUCGAUGCGGACUUCCAUGACGAGCGCCAGGCUCUGGAGGACCGCGUGUCCGACGCCGUGGAUGAGGCGAUGGCCCGCCACUUCCAGAAGAGGUCUCCUUCCGGCUCGCCGCCCUCCUCGCCCAGCGGUGCCUCAACCACGGCCCCCUCUUCGCCUGGGCCGGUCGCCGCUGCCGCCGCCGCUGCCACCACCACCACCACUGCCGCCGCCGCCGCCGCUCCCGUCACCACCGCCGCCCCUCCCGCCAAGAAGAGUCUCUCCAGCUGGGAUGUCGACGGUGAUCUCUCCGACUCCGACGACUCGGACUCCGAUUAGAUGGGCCUACCUCGCGCGACUGUCGUCAACCCUCUCGGCCAAGGGCAGGGGUGCCCUGUACAUUACACGCCCUCCCCCUCCCUGCCCCCUUCCCCCGGCCUCAAGCGCGCAUCCUCUCCUUGUCGCGCUCUCCCACCCGCGCGCGCGCGCGCGCACACACA